ACCAACCCCUAAGCUGCUUGGAAUACGUAUCAUGGUAGGUUCCAUGGUCCUAGGAAGUGGGGUUGUUGGAGGCGGGGAGGCUGCCUAUAGCAGUGUUGCGCUGCAUUAGCGGCAUUGUGCCUAAUUUUGGGCAUCAUCACCUAUGCUGCAUAAAACUGACUUCAGUGGCAACCUGGCAUCUCUAUCGAUGCCUUGGAGAUCCCCCAAAGCCAAUGUCCUGGAGGAUCACUACGACCCACUUGCGAGGGGUUCGCUGCGCCCAUCCAAAAUAGCGUGCGGAGUAGGAUCCAUUAUCCCCUCACCUUCCCGGCGCCUUAUCUCCCUCCCUCCCGCUCUCGGUUUCAGAUCAAUGCCGAAAUCGGUCAAUAAGGACCAACACCCAGGUGACAUCAACCCAUCAAAUGCUCGACUUUUCAAACCCAAGUCUCCUAUGACGGCCCCCACGCCGAAAGACCCCAAAGUAGCGUUAUAUCGACACACCUCAAAUUGUCAGGGGUUUUGCAAAGAAAAGUCGUGCAACACGUUCCGCACACCUGGGCACGCAGAAUUCCAAAUACUGUACUGCGAGCAUGCCGUUAACCGGCCCCAAUUCCAACUUUCAAAGCAGGGAAAGCUUAGGUGUUGCACCUGAUGCUAGCUGUGCGACUGGGCCUUGCACAUAAUGCCGGGAUGCAUUCGGCCGCCGACCA